AUGUUGAACUCCCCCGACGACGCCAUCCAACGCCUUUGCCGCGCCCAACUCCGCGCCAUCAUCCUGCUUCGCUUCCACGUGGACGCCGCCGCCCUCGAUGCCGGUGGCGACCUCAUGCUCCAACGCUUCCUCAACGGCACCCUUCAAGAACAACCCAUCGCGUCCCUCAAGACCCAACACGCCGACAUCUCGAGCGUUUGGACCGACGUCGUCGCCACUCUCCGCCAGUACAACCUCCGCCUCCAAACGCGCGGCGACGACCACUUCGACAUCAAGUUCCCCCACAUGGCCAAGUCCGCCACGACCAAGAACAUCGCCCGCGAAAUGAAGAUGCACAUCAAGCUUGGCCACGCGUUGGCGUGGAGCAAGCAAACAGACCAAGGCCGCACCACCAUGCUCCAUGGCCGCGACGGCAGCAAGUUCCUCCUUUCCGGCGGCAAGUUGUGGGACGCCGACUAUCGCUUUGGCAUCGCGGCGCGCCUCAACCAAGUCGACACGCGAUCGGUGUUAAAGCGCAAGCGGCUCCGAUCCAACGGCGCCUGCCGCCACUGUGGCCAAGUCGCCCCCGAGACCCUCGCCCAUGUCCUCCAACGCUGCCCGCACAACAAAGUCAGCAUCCGCGCACGCCACGACACAGCCCUUGGUGCCAUCUCACGCACCAUCCAAGCCGCUUUACCCAAGGCCACCUUACUCGUCAAAGCGUGCCUCACAUGCUACGACGGCUCAACGCUCAAGCCGGGCCUCCAACUCAUCGAUCAAGACAAGAAGACGGCAAUCAUCUGCGACUUGGCCAUAGCCCAUGAAGACGACCAACUCCACGACGGCGACACGGUGUUCGAGAAGACCGCCAAGGGCAAGAUGGACAAGUACUCCCCCCUCAGCCGCCACCUCGUGCGCCAAGGCUUUGAAGUUUACUCUUGCGCGCUCGUUUACGGCUCCCUCGGCUCCGUCGCCCCCGCCAACCACAACAUCCUCACCGCAGUCAUUGGCCUCUCGCGUCCAGCCGCCUCCAAGCUCCAGUACGGUCUCUCCGCCGACAUCAUCAAGUCCAGCCGCACCAUUUGGAACACCCAUUGCAGCGGGCCCAAGCCGGACAGUCGAUCGGCACGCGCCGACAGCCGCAUGGCAUAG